AUGUCUCUGUACUCCCUAAACUGUACGGAGGGUCUGGUGAUCCCGAUGUGGUACCCUCAAGAGGACAUAGGACUGAGCGACAUAAUAAUCCGGGGAACGGUCUACUUCCUCCUGCUCCUCUACUUGUUCAUCGGAGUCUCAAUAAUAAGCGACCGUUUUAUGGCGGCGAUAGAGGUGAUAACUUCCCAGGAAAAGGAGCUAGUGGUCCGGAGGCCAGACCAGGAGCCGCAGAUAGUCGUAGUGAGGGUGUGGAACGAAACGGUGGCGAAUCUGACCUUAAUGGCGCUCGGAAGCAGCGCUCCAGAGAUUCUCCUCUCGAUAAUCGAAAUCUGGGCGAAAGACUUCCAGGCCGGGGAGUUGGGCCCGGGCACGAUAGUCGGUUCCGCGGCCUACAAUCUCUUUGUGAUAAUAGCGCUCUGCGUGUUUGUGAUACCGAAAGGCGAGCACCGGAAGAUCAAGCACUUGAGGGUCUUCUUCGUGACAGCCACCUGGAGUAUUUUCGCUUACGUCUGGCUGUACUUGAUCCUUGCAGUCUCCAGUCCGGGAGUGCUCGAAGUUUGGGAGGGUCUGCUGACUUUCCUCUUUUUCCCAGCCACGGUGUUGACGGCCUACGUCGCUGAUCAGCGAUUGCUCAUCUACAAGUACUUGCACAAGGGAUUCAGGAUGAACCAGCGCGGAGUUAUCGUCCAGGGAGAGGCCAGCGACUCUGAAGCCGGAGUCGAGCUGGAAAUCAAGGACCAUGAUGGUCCUCAUCUAUUCGUGGACAGAGUUGGGGACAGCUGCGGCCAGGAGGCCAGAGAAUUUGAGAGCACCAGGAAGGACUACAUCAACACUUUGAGGGAACUGAGGAAGAAACACCCCGCUCUGCCCUUGGAGCAGCUCGAGGUGAUGGCUCAUGAAGAGGUCCUGGGAAAAGGCCCCAAAAGCAGAGCGUUUUAUCGUGUUCUGGCCACCAGAAAGAUGGUCGGUGCUGGAAACCUUAGCAGGAAGAUCAGCGAACGGGCACAGAGUGAUCUCAGUGAAGUCAAGGCUGAACUUCAGAGGGCGGAAGCCGAGUGUGUUAAUAUUGAUGAUAUUAAUAAGAUGAGGAUCUUCUUUGAGCCUGCUCAUUAUACUGUGAUGGAAAAUGUUGGGACUUUUGAUAUUACUGUCACCAGGGUUGGUGGAGAUCUUGAUCAAGCUUGCACUGUUGAUUAUUUUACUGAAGAUGGUUCCGCUGAGGCUGGUGCUGAUUAUGUUGAAGUUAAGGGGACUCUUAGGUUUGAACCUGGGGAAAUCAGGAAGACUAUCCAGCUGUCGGUUAUUGAUGAUGAUGUCUUUGAAGAGGAUGAGUGCUUCUAUGUCAAGCUAGCCAACGUCUCAGCUCCAGCAGACCUGGCCUCACCGAGUCUCGCGACAGUGAUGAUCCUGGACGACGACCACAGUGGAAUUUUCGGGUUCCCGGAGGGAGGUGUCAUCGAGCUGGUGGAGAGUGUCGGUCAGUAUCCUCUGAAAGUAGUGCGCUACAGUGGAGCCAGAGGACGGGUAGCAGUUCCCUACAAAACUAGUGAAGGCACAGCGAAGCCCGGGAAGCAGUACGUCCACUGCGAGGGCUCUGUAAUCUUCGAGGACAAUCAAACCGAGUAA